AAGCAACUGCUUGUUCUACGUUCACAGAAGAAUUAUGUAAGGUGUAGCUAGCUUCACGAAGCUUGUGCAAGUAUGUCAAAGUUGUCAAUGAAAGAGCAAAGUGGCUGUCGAAAACUGUUAAGAUUAUUAGCCCUGGACGACUUGUUCGCCCUUAAAGAUACAGUAACGAAUCGACUGAUCGCUGUAGAGAGCACGCAAGAGGCCAUCGAGGCCAUCAUAACUUACUCACAAGAUGCUGAGGAGCUCCUCAAGAGAAAGAAGGUGCACCGGGAGGUCAUUUUUAAGUAUCUUGCCAAUGAAGGAGUAGCUGUGCUCCCUAAUAGUGAGAAACAGCAGCUGAUCAGGAGGACCAUUGAGUACUGGUCAUCUGGAGAGAUCUCAAAGUGUGAGAAGAACGCAAUGGUUUCAGAUGAUGUCGGAGAUGGUCUGUCAGACCUUCCAGCUUUGGGAAAUCAGUUUUGCCAGUGGUUCUUCACCCUUUUGAACUCUCAAAACCCCAUUCAAGGGCAGCCGGCUCAAGAUUGGGGUCCUCAGCAUUUCUGGCCGGAUGUGAGACUUCGGCUUCUCUCAUGUACUGGAGAGCAGCAUGUAGAUGAGUUCAACGGGGCAGAGCUGGUCAGUCAGCGGCUUCAUGCUUUUGCAGGACAAGAGCGUCUGUUGUUCUGCCCGAACUUGGAGGGUCAAGGGUUGAAGUGUAUGUCUUCAGCUCAUGGACUGGUGUUAGUGGCCGUAGCCGGGACCAUCCACCGUGACAAUGCCUGCCUUGGGAUUUUUGAGAAAGUGUUUGGGCUCAUUCGCUCACCAAUGGACAAUAAUCGCUGGAAAAUAAAGAAUGUGAAUAUAAAAGUAGAAGCACAAAAUGCCAUCACAGACAGAAAGUUACCAGUUAUUACCUACGACUCAAAAGAGUUACUGAGCCUUUGUGACUGAGAGUCAGAGAUCCACACAAGGUUUGUUUGGACUUGUUUUGACUCUGCAGUGAAGAGAUGCACUGUCGUUACAUGGAUGAUGUACUAUUCUGUCUAAAAAACUUUACAGUGGGAUAGAUAUUCAUCUGUAAAAGGAUCUUAGUUUGUAUUUUGUUGACUUGAAGGAGAGUUUCCAGUCAGUUUGAAUUCUAGCAAAAUGUUUCUGUAAAAUGUAUUUCACAGAUUUAUUAUUAUUUUAAGUAAAAAUCUAAAUUAAUGUUAGUUUAUAUGGAUUGAAAAACUUUUGUUACAUUUAUGAAGUAAUUUUCUGAAAAUUGGCCUAAUAAAAGAUUUUUAAUUUGUCCUUAAUAUUUUUUAAUUUGUGAUUUUGGGUUGGCUAGAAUUCAAACUCUUUAGCUCGAUAUUAUUUUAAGAUUUUCCUUAAAAUACCUAAUCAUUACUGUUUAUUCCUUUUAUCACUUGGAUCGUUUAACAGUAAAAUAUCUGUUAAGAACA